ACUCAACUUUCAGAGCGGCUGGAGUGCGCGCGGAGGGGAAGGACACAUUCACGCGCGCUCAACCCGCGAGGAGCUGCAGAUGCGCCUGGACAAGCUCACGCUUACCGGGAAUAACUACAAAACCAUCCGUGCUUGUGGUGUCUCAUCUGACUCUGUGUGCGCAUCACAGGCACAUCCUGAAAACUGCAGAAUGAACAGAGCUUUUAAUAGGAGAAAGGAUAAACCGAGCCUGCACACACCUGAGGCCUUGGUGCGAAGUCACGUUGUGUAUAAUGCAAAGUUCUUGGGAAUCACAGAAGUGGAUCAGCCUAAAGGGACAGACAUGGUCCGUGUGGCCGUCAGGAAGCUGAAGUUUCAAAGGCACAUCAAAAAGUCAGAAGGACAGAAAACACCUAAAGUGGAACUUCACAUCUCUAUAUACGGCGUAAAGAUACUGGACCCAAAAACUAAGGAGAUGCAACAUAACUGCCAGCUCCAUCGAAUGUCCUUCUGCGCUGACGACAAAACGGAUAAAAGGAUAUUUACGUUUAUUUGUACAGAACCCGAGACAAAGAAACACCUGUGUUAUGUGUUUGACAGUGAAAAAUGUGCAGAAGAGAUCACUCUUGCUAUCGGACAAGCCUUUGAUCUGGCCUACAAAAAAUUCCUGGAGUCCGGUGGAAAAGAUGUGGAGACGAGGAGGCAGAUUGGAAAUCUUCAGAAACGAAUUCAGGAUUUGGAGUUGGAGAACUCAAAACUGAAGAAGAAACUUAAAGAACUGGAAAAUCAGCUGAUGGAUUCUAGCUGUUCAUCGAGAGAGUCUGUGUUGUCCUGGUGUGGUGAUGAUGUCACAUCACUGUCCAGCCUUGAGAUCUCCUCUGUCACUCUAACACCUGACAGCUCACCCGAUUCCAGCCAAUCAGCGAGCCUCCUCACUCCGCCUCCUGAUAAGCCCACCCACUCACUGCCCACAAGUGGCUACAUCGUCCCACAACCUAGUGCUGGAAGCUUACAAGCUAAAGCGCCCUCUACUGACAUAUUUGACAUGGUUCCCUUCACCCCUCAGUCUCCAAUAUCAAGACGAGUGAACUGUAAUGGGAACUCUUCUCGAUACCACAGAAACGAAAAAGAUAUAGACUUGUUUGGAGCAGAACCAUUCGAUCCAUUCAUCUGUGGACCUGCAGUCUUCACCCCAGACAUCCAGUCCAAAUUAGAUGAGAUGCAGCGACAGCGAUGGUUUGUAAUUUUCAUUGGAGGGGUUCCAAAUGGGACUGACUCUAGAGGGAGCAGCGUUCACUAUGGAUCAGACGGAUAGCCGGUGCUGACUCUGGAUCAGACGGAGAGCGUGUUCUCACUCUGGAAAGACAUUUUUGUACAUACUGCGAUUGUUGACUUUAAAUGAAAUGAUCAAAAUUUGUAUUCAUGUUUUGGAUUGAAUUUGAAGGAAUGACAAAAGGCCACUUCUAUUUUUGUAUAACAAAGCAUACGUUUGAUUUAUGUAUUUUAACUUCUAAAUCUUACUUCUUUGAAAUUGUUCAAACUUUUCUAGACGUUUGCUAGAAUUUAGACCAAAUUUUUCAAAUCAAAAAAAUGUAUUUAUUCACAGCUGAAAGUUAUAGUUUGAAUCCUUUGAUACUGAUGUUUAGACUAAAGGAAGAGCUCAUGUUCAAUACUGAUGUAAAUGUUGUCUUAUAAUAUUCAAGAUAUUUUACACCUCGACCUUAAAUGAUAUAUACAGUGAUAAGUGACUACAGUACAUUACAAACAGGCUUUAGAUAAUCUACUGUACACAUUGUGGGUCUCUCACAUGGUUAGAAAGAAAUUUCCUUUUCUGACAUUCCCAUCCACAUUACUGUCAUUGAUGGAUGUUUUGUUUUCAUGUUAAAUGCUCUGUUAAAUCACUGUCGCUCUUUAAUGAUAAAUAAAUGAAACAAUAGCACACUA